UCGUCGCGCUCCCUGCCAAUAGGGAGAACUAGGAAGACGAUAUGCAUCUAGAACUAAUAGUGGGGGUAUGGAAAAAUAAUGUCGUGAUACUAGUGGACGUGGACGCACACACUCUUGGUGGGAAAACUAUACGUGGCAUUUUUUCGGCCUCAGAAACGCCAUACAAUCUAAUAGCAGGUAUAUUUUCUUUGCAUCAAACGACAUAAAAUGGUAAUUUUGGAGUGAAAUCUAUGACUGGCGAUGUUCUCUCUCCUGCGGUAUUACGUCUAAUUAUCUCUACGACUCAUUUUAUUUACUCCCACUAUCUACUUGAAGCCAACAGCUUGGCUUUCUCAGGCUUGAAGAAUAAAACUGCGUAGUUAAACAUAUUUUUGUUCAGUUCAACAUUCAACAAUCUCGACUAGUGGCACGUGGCCCUACCGGAACGAUAGCCACAAGGAGAGAAAAAACAACAAUUUCGACUGCUGUAUCUUGCAAAUUAUUUCAUAACGAUAAUAAUUAUGGACAAUAAAGAAGAGCAAAUAGCAGGUAACGAUGAUGGGUCUCCUAAUUUACAAGGAGUUAAUCGUCCUCAGGGUCUUAAUGGUGUUGUUCAGAUGCCAAUUCAGCAACAACAGCAAACUCAUAUGGUUAAUCAAGCACGAACCCAGAGGUCUCGUCCUUAUCAACAAUUCGAUCAUGGAGCAAUUGCAGGUCCUGGUCGAAGUGGUUCAAGAAUGCAAGCACUAUCAAACAUGCAAGAAAUUCCAAACAUGGGUCAUCAACUGGGUAUUUCAAGGCCUUAUAGAUGUGUAUUGCCUGGCAAUCCUGUCUUCCCAGUUGCCUAUCAUCGAAGAAGAGUUGAACCCUACAUGCGAGCCAUGCACUUUGGACGAUUUGGAGGUUUAAGCUGUCCAAUUAGUGUUAGUAACUCCAUGAGCAAUGACAACGAAAUAACCCAGCAGCUUCAACAGCUUACUCUAAGUUCUGCUCUACUACAGUCUGGGGCCCUAACAGAUGGCCAACCGGAUCUUCAACGAGAAACCCAGGAACCAGUAGCUAGUGGAAGUACGCAAUCUGAUGAUCCUACACUAAUUCAGCAAAAGCUCUUACUUCUAUUCCACGUCUACAAAUGCCAGUUACGAGAGCGACAGGCCAAUGGUGAAGGGAGGAUUUGUGCUCUGCCACAAUGCAAAACUAUGAAAAAUGUUUUGACUCACAUGACGACCUGUGAAGAAGGCAAAAAAUGUACGACACCACAUUGCAGUACAUCCAAACAAAUUAUUACUCAUUGGAAAAAGUGUCAAAAAAGCGACUGUCCUGUUUGCUUACCUAUCAAACAAGCGGAUAAAAACAAGUCUGCUAUUUCUCGUGCUGAUGUGACAGCAAAUCAACCUUUUGACACUAUGGGUAUAACACAGGGUCAAAACAAUACAGCUGGUAUUUUAUCAAAUGAGGCAGUGGGUCAUGAUGUCAGAAUGCCUAGACCGGGUAUGCAAGGCCAUCCUGGUUCACUGACUGCAGGAAUAAGACUUGCACAGCUUCAAGCUCAACAAAGUCCAGGGCAAUCUGUAGUUAAUCAAGGACAACCAAUUGCACCUAAUGUAUCUCUUCCAUUAAGUUCCGAUCCAACGACUGUAGUCGUAAGUACUAAUCAACCAGCUUUAACGACGGGUCCAAUGUCAGCUUUAGCAGCAGCAGCGAUUGCCAAUCUUCAACAACAAGAUAAUAUGCUUUCAAGUGGUUUUCAAUCACUACAACCAACUAAAGAAUGGCAUCAAUCUGUGACGCCAAAUGUUAGAAAUCAUCUCGUUCAUAAAGUAGUUCAAGCAAUGUUUCCAGCUCCUGAUCCACAUUUAAUGUUCGAUAAAAGAUUACAUACUGUGGUGGCGUAUGCGAAAAAAGCUGAAGGUGACGUUUAUGAAAUGGCUGAUUCAAAAUUGGAGUAUUAUCAUUCAAUGGCGGAUGAAAUAUAUAAAACUCAGAAAUCAUAUCAAGAAAUGCAACUUGCGGUAAAUUCUAGAUUAUAAGCUAUUGCAUUUCCACAAGUUGUUCCAGCUGCUGUACCUACUCACAGAGUAGCGCUUCUUACUUUGAGAAGUCUUUCACCGGGAAUGGAUCAAGUACGUACCAUUUAAGGAUUAGCAAUGCAACAUAAUGGUAUGCUUUUUCCUCAACAACAGCAGCCGCAGCCAAAGCAUCAACAACAACAACAACUUGGUUCACCAAUACCAAAUGCCGUUUUAACGAUUCCUCAAAUUCCAUCACCCUUCAAUCGUUUACUACAGCAAAUUUAUCAACAACAAUUAAUCAACGACAUACCCUAAUCAGAUAUUAGGUUUUUAUCUUACCAAUUACUCGUAGUAGCACUAGUGUGAUUUGAGAAUUAAUUAAAAAAAAAAAAUCUGACAAACUUUGAGCUCAUUAAUAU